AUGAGUGCAUUCUCCAAAUCUUCAAAAGGUCUCCCGGAAGUCGACACCCCGCGUGUUGAUAACCCGGAGGCACCCGAGGCCACCCUUCAAGGUGACUUAUCGGCUACCGCUCAAGGUAACCCCUCAGGCAGGCAAUCAAACCGACGCUCGAGACGUGGUCGCCCACACCACUUGAGAUCGCCAGCCGCCACUAUCAAGGGUACCAUCACCCGCAUCGUCAAUAUGACGCGACAGUUCCAUCAGGAAGCGUCUAGAAUGAUGCUGGAACAUCUUGGUGGCAACCCGAACGUUUCUCCUCCCAUCGAGAACGCUAUCCUCCGCAAUGCGAAUCAAGUUCUCAACAAACUUCGGCAUUACGCGGUUUAGUUGGAGAACCUACGCCAAUUCGUGAACGACAAGUUCCAAGAACCGGCACUGCGAGAUUCCCCCAAUAGGGACACCUAUCACAAAGAGGUGGAAGCUCAUCUUGCAGGACUCCAACCUCAAGCCCUCCUCAACGAGGCAAAACGUGACAUCGUCAUGUUGGAAAGAGAGUUGUCAUCUCUCGGCUUUCCAGUGACCCCCCAUGUUCGUCAGGACAACGUACUCACUCCGUACGUGACAUCCGACGCCGACUCAUCACAAUCCGAGUCGGACGAUCUGAGCAGCAUCAAUCACGCGUUCGAAGAUCUCAAUACAAACAUGGGCUCAGAUCACAAUGUCAUAUCAGGGAACGAGCACAUCAAAGUUCCUGAGCCCAGAGUGACGAUCACAUCAGCGAUCCUCUCACAUCCAACACGGGAUUCCCCGAUUAACAUGUAUCGGACAGCGUCGCCAUUCAGCACAAAUCCGAGAUUCUGAUGUCGACAGGUGGUCUCAUCAAUCCACCUUAGCCGACGAACUUGCUGAAGAACAGCACCAACGCAAGUUAGACCAAAUCAGAAUCAGAUCCUUAGAGCGGAAAGUGAGAUCGAGCUCGAUCAGGGUGAUACUUCACCUCCUCUUCCAGUCUCUAGCCGAGUCCUUGGAGUCGUCAACUUCGAAAGCAACGCCAAACACUUGCAAAAGUUUGACGGCACUGGCAACUUCCGUGCCUUCAAGAACGGAUUCAAUGCAGUCGUUCUUGCCAAUCCUCGACUUCCAGCAGUGACAAAGUUCAACAUGUUACGCAGUCACCUGCUCGGAAAAGCCUUGCCAUGCAUCUCAAAUCACGAUGAUUCCAUGGUAGCUUACAAAACAACUUUGGACAUGUUAGAGUCUGUAUUUGGUAAAGGAGACACUCAAAGAGGUUUACUCGAGCAAUUCAGAACGCUCAAGUUCAAUCAUUCCAAUCCGGAACAAAUGAAACUAGAUCUCAUCUCCCGCCAGCUCUUGGUGCAAAGACUGACCGCAUCGGGUCUCUCAGCCUCCGACGAGCGGAUCACCUUGGGUCUCAUCGGAAAACUCCCUCUCUCCCUCAGAGAUAAAGCCACGGAGUUUUACACUGAUUUGGAAACCCCUUCCGCAAAUAUUCUUUAUGAGUGAAUUCGCAAGCACAUUAACAGCUUCGAAAAUGGCCUGAUCGCGGCGUCCAUGCACACCACACCCUGGUCAUCAGUCUCCGAACAAGCUUCUGAUUCACCAAUACACGAGGAUCCGGCUAGUCGGUUAUUUCGUGAUCUCCCUCUCCACAGAGAGAGGGGAACUCGCAACACCUCCCACUAAUUCAUUGUGGGCGGGCACGGGGCCAACCGCACAGAGCCCCCUGUCAAAAGCUGAUUCGCAAUCAGCAAGUUGCGUCAACGUUCCCUCUCUCCAAAUAUUUAAUUUCAUGGUCUCUCAUAACGACCUUCAUGGCCAACCUUUCCCAACACUACGGAAUGUGUCGCCAUUAGAUACAAGUCAUUUCACUGUCUCAAAACGCGUUACGGUUGUUUUUUUUUUGUCCCUAAUGGACUCCUUUUUUCAACAUGUCAUACCCAAAGCGAUCGGUCUCUUCCCGACCAGCUUUUUCAAGCCAGUGUCACAAGGCUUCCACGAUGCGUCGACCGCUGUAUCUCAAAUUCCAUCACUAAAUUUAAAAUCUCAAAACUAUCAUAAGGUGAUCAUUUACCAAGAAUCGAUAAUCCACUGUCGUUACUGGUCCACCAGAAUCCCGCUUAAAGUGCCAAGCUCAACACUACCAUUAAGCGCUGUCAUCAGAGACAAUCUCUACAUUGACGAACAUCUGCUCGACGCAAAUGAUUUUCACAAAAUCAGGCCUACAGUCAUGCCAGCCAAGUUCUCUUUCAAAGACAAGAACAUGAAGCUGAGCGAGUUUGUUACAAAUAUAAGCUCUAUCAUGGCUCACCUCCUUCGCGAAGAUAGAGCAGAGUCCAGAAAUAUCAAACUCUUGGGCUACGUCUGGGAUUCUAGCGACAUCAUCUAUACGCUGUCUACAGAUAAUUCCGUCUUGGACAUUGAUCACCAACCCAAGAGAGAAAUAGCCUUCACACACUCUCUCUUAAAUAUAUCAAAAAUCGUAAACAGAAUGAUACCAAUCAGGUGUUCAAUGUUUCCGGGCAAGUCUUGGAAGGACCCCAAUAACCUCAAGAGGCCUUCCAUUGCGAAAGUUCAUAGAACCAAUCACGCGAACGAACUUCGCACCGCUAGGUUCAAAACAAACGAAAAGUGCUACCUACUCUCCGUAUGCCAGCUUAUCUCACUUAAAAAUCCUACUUUCCAAGGAUUAUCCCACUCUCUCAACUCACCAGGAGACAAAAAAGUGGCCGCAGAAAAGCACACCUGCGAAGAUCGCACACGACGGCCAACAUUCCCGCUCGAUGCGUUCUGCAGUACCCCGAACGUACAAUACGAGACAAUGCUACUCAUCGCAAAAUCACGUACUCUAUCAGCCCGUAUGAACAUCAAGAUGCUCCACUUAUCCCUUGGACUUCUUGCUUUGGAAUUUGACGGCAUCGACUCCGACAUGCCUAAUCCAGACUUCCAUGACAAUGUACUUGGAUACAGAGAUCCUCACACGACGACUCCUGAUUCAUCAUCAGAUCACGCCGCGGCCAACCUUCCACCAGGUAGAACCCGAGAUUACAUUCCUCGAAAGGCCAAGGCGCCCUAUAUCAAUUAUGCACACAGUCUGUCAGUCAUAGUCGAGCCUCUGCCCUCCCCCCCCCCCCCCCCCCGGAGUGUUGUCACUUGGGCUCCGCAGAGCCCGUCCGUCCCAACUUUGCGGAUAUAG